AUGGGCCAACCUAAGUCUCUUCUUUUCCUGUUGAUCUUCUUAACUCUGUCAAGGUCUUGUAUGUCAUGGUUUUGGUCUUCUUCUUCUGGCCAGGCCGGCCAUAACCCUGCACAAAAUCUGCAAAUAUCUGGUGAUGUUGCUGCUGAAUUCUCCACGGAUGCUCUCAAUGAUGAAAGGGGGAUUGAGCGACUCAACAACGCUAGAAGAAAACUGGUUGGCUCUAACUCUUGUUGGCACGAUGCUUACCAAGGAAUAUUUGCAGCAUGUUCUGAGAUUGCCGCCGACGACAAUGACAAGAGGAAGAGAUUUGCUUGGGAUCUUAGCAAUUGCUUUCAAAAGGACUCUGGCAGACCCCCUUUUCCUAGAUGCCCUGCAGGCUCUCCCAUGAAAGCUUGCCUUGAAAAAUUGGACAACAAUGCAAUUCAUGCGUAUCGCGAAUUCUAUCUGGAAACCAACUCCAUUUGCCAUCAGUUACAGUCUGAUAUAUUCCGGCGUCAAACAGAGAAGUUGGUGAAUGAAUUGGUAAAGUCAUCUGAUUAUGCAGAGGAGAAAUUAGAAACCAUAGGAGAGAAAUCAGAGAAAUUGCUGGAGGGCUCCAAAUAUAUCCACGAGUCUUUGAAUUCAAUCGACGAACAAACACAAGAAGUGGCUCAGACUUCCAAGAAUGUGAGUGAUCAAAUUGGUGGCAUAAUGAAGCAGUCAGAGGUGAUGUUUGAGCAAUCUGAGAAAAUUGCAGCCUCUCAGUUAGAGUUGCAGAUGGGGCAGGACAAAAUGAAGGAAAAAUUGGAAGAGGGGAUGGCAAUGGUUCAUGAGUCUUACCAUGUUCUAGGUAAAGGAAUACACAGCUUACAGGAUGAGACUGUUGAAAUAGAGAAGAAGAUAGGCAUAGUUGGAGAAGCCAUGUCUACAAAGAUGAGCAAGCUGCAAAGCAAGGCUGAUGAUAUUGGGAAUGUAGCAGAGAUUUCCUUGAAAAAGCAAAAGGAACUUCUACAUGGGCAAUCUGAAGCUCUUGAUGGCCUUGAGUCACUAAGUAAGUUUCAAUCCCAAGCUCUAGAAGAGAGCAGGGUUAUUUUGCAACAGUUUGCUACAUUUGGCCGUGAACAACAAGAAGAGCUUCUUCAACGACAGGACCAGAUUCAAAAAGCACACAACCACCUAGUCGAAAAUUCAAAAUCCAUAUUGUCAGCUCAGGAAGCUUUUGAGCAGAAGCAGGCAACCAUGUUUGUUGCUUUGGACAGGCUAUUCGCCUUGCACAACGCCUUGUUGCUCGAAUCACGGUCAAUGAAAGCCUUCUUCAUUUAUGCCAUGUCAAUGUUUGUCCUCUACAUGUCCACCAGCACAAAGCAAACUUCCACUGUGAGAUGUGAGCUAUACAUUGGUCUAUCGAUUAUAUUUCUGCUUGAACUUGCAGUCCUGAGAUUUACAACAAAUGGAAUAGAGCAACAGACUCGGUGGGUCAAUAUAUUGAGGAACUUCUUUGCGCUGUAUGCCUCAGUUCGAAUAAUAGUUGCUUAUAUCAGAUACAAGGACUAUGGAAGGCUGAACCACGAUAUGCUACAAGUUCUAACAGAGGAGGUUAUGAGCUUACGACAAAACGCAAAGUUGGAAUGGGAAUCAGAUGAUGAAUCCGAUUGGUCUACAUUUGUUGACAAAGAUGUACCGGAUGGCUUUGAGAACUUGAAGGAUCCCAACCAUCUGCAAGAAGAAGUUGGAGAUAAUUUAUAUGCAAUCACUUCGUGUACUGGAAGAUAUAAUCUCCGCAGUCGCUCUCCUCGAUCAACUGUCUGUUUUUGA